AAACGGCUAUCUUCAUAUUCCUUUCUGAAGAAAUUGUUAGCACAUGUCCAACAAGUUCAGGUGACCUGCUUCAAUGAGUUAGAGAUCUAUAUCCAUCCUGAUGGAAUCAUCCCAGAGCUGACUUUCCUCAGAGAUCACACCAAUGCACAGUUCAGAUCCUUGGCUGACUUAACAGCAGUGGACAUCCCAACCCGGAAAAACCGUUUUGAGAUUGUCUACAACCUGCUGUCUCUGAGUUUCAACCCUCGGAUCCGUGUGAAGACCUAUACAGAUGAGCUGCCACCCAUUGAGUCUACUGUCCCUGUGUACAAGGCAGCCAACUGGUAUGAGAGAGAGAUCUGGGACAUGUUCGGAGUCUUCUUUGCUAAUCACCCUGACUUAAGAAGGAUCCUGACAGACUAUGGCUUUGAGGGACAUCCAUUCCGGAAGGACUUCCCCUUGUCUGGCUACGUUGACCUUCGCUAUGAUGAUGAGGUGAAGCGGGUGGUGGCUGAGCCGGUGGAGUUGGCCAAGGAGUUCCGCAAAUUUGACCUCAACAGCCCCUGGGAGGCUUUCCCUGCCUAUCGCCAGCUCCCUGAGAGUCCCAAGCUUGAGGCUGGGGACAAAAAGCCUGAAACCAAGUAG